AUGCGUCGGCUGGCCUUCGUAUUUGCCGAUGAGGAUACAGCCGGUGACUUCUUCGGCAACAAAAGUGUGCCGAUCCUGGAGUAUGAAUACGAAAGAGGCCCCGAUAAACAUCUGGAGGCGUUGGCUGACCGAAUUACCGGAUUCAUUGACUUGACGAUCUGCUACAUUCAUGUUGCUGGCACUGAUUUCUUCAAAGAGCUCUACAAGUUCUUCUUCUAUACAGAGCCGAACAAUUUCCUGGUGACUACGCUCGACGAUGGCCAAGAAGGAAUUUCACAAAAUAACAUCGAGCUUCUCGGCGAACCAGGACAAGAACAAAUGCGCCUCAUGAUGAGUUCACGCUCGCCCGGUUAUGGGUUCCCAGCCACGAAACAAGGAGAACGCUUUGACGAACUUCACCCGUGGCACAGCCUCGUCGUGCUCCAGUUCUGCUGUCAGCCGUAUUCACCGACGUCGAUCACCACAAACGCACGCCGCCAAUUCAUCUCCGAAGAUUUCGUCCUAUUGAAUAUCAUUGAUGUUCAAGCCAGCGCCGGUAACAAGAUCUUCAAAAUAAUCGGAAUUGCGCUCGACGGCAAAUGGAAUGCCCGCCGACUAACCGAUGUCAAUUCAUGGUCCGAUCUCCUCGUUUUUCCGAUCAAUAUUUCUUUUAUCUGUUUUUUGGAUAUAGCCGAACUGAUG